AUGAAGGCCGUAUCCAUUCUCUUCUGGGCCAGUCUUGCGGCUGCCGCCGUAACGGACUCCGGAAUCAACGCGGCGAGGGAAGAGUUAGCCCGGGAUCUUGAAGCUGUCAAUGAUGGAGCUUCUCUCUUUGAGAGAGACGAGGAGGAUACAACCCUUCAGCCCUUCUCUCUGGCUGCCACUCCAGAAGACGAAGAGGAAGAUGGCGUAACUGCUCGGGACCUCUCAGAAGCCGAUCACUUCGGCGAGAUUGUCGCGCGACAAGCCAACAACACAGCUGGUGGUGGAAAGAAGAAUGACGGCAAAGGAAAAGACAACGCCAACGCGGGAAAGAAGAACAACGGAAACAAUUGCCAAUGCGGCAAAGGCAAGAAGAGGGGCAAAGAUGCCAAGGGCAAAUCUUGCAGGUGCCGAAACGGAAAGAACAAUGCCAAGAACAACGGCAAGAAGAACAACAACGCGAAGGAGAAUGGCAAGAAGAAUAACAACGCCGCUAAGAACAACGGGAAGAAGAACAACGGGAAGGGAAAGGACAACAACAACAAUAACAACAACAAUGGAACCGCCGCUGAUAACGGAAAGGGAAAGAACAACAACGGCAAGGAGAAUGGGAAGAAGAACAACAACAAUGCUGCCAAGAACAACGCCGCUAAGGAAGCGAAGAAGAACAAUGGCAAGGGAAAGGAUAACAACAAUAACAACAAUGGCACCGCAGUGGACAACGGCAAAGGAAAGAAAAACAACGGAAAGAACAAUGGCAAGGACAACGGCAAGAAGAACAACAACGGAAAGGACAACGGAAAGAAGAACAACGGCAAGGCCAACGGCAAUGCCAACGAGGGCAAGAAGAAUAACGAUGGAAAGCAGAACGGCAAGAAGAACAACGACAAUGCUAAAGAUGGAAAGAAGAACAACGGAAAGGCGAACGGAAAGGGCAAGGACAAUGGCAACGCCGGCAACAAUAACAACAAUGGCACUGUUGUUGACAACGGCAAGAAGAACAACGGCGGCGGUGAUGCGAAGAACAAGGAAAACGGCGGAAAGAAGGCCAACGCGUCUAGCGGUUCUGCUGCCGCUGCGGCGGGCAUGGUUUGA